AUUAUGUCAGUUUUACCAUCUGCUUUCGGUAUAUGCUUUGGGUUAUGUGCCUUUUAGUAUUUCCGAGCUUUCACAGCAUAUGUCAAUGCAGUUUAUCGUUUCCAGGUGGUCGGCGACAAGAGAUGCGGGAGAUGUUGGAACAGUCGGUGAUCACUUACCGAAGCAAGGGAUGGGCUGAAUCUACCAAACGGACAUACAGACAGCAUUUGCAAUGCUACCUAGAUUUCUGCCACUUAUUGAACAUUGAACCUGUGCCAUUGUCGAGUGAACACUCCAGUCUCUACCUUGCAUAUUUAGCCGAUUUCAGGGGGUUGUGUUUUGCCUCUAUACGGAGUUAUAUAUGUAUUGUUAGAACCCUUCACAAGCAACAUAAUUUAGGGGAUCCUUUUGCAUUGUGGACACCCCACCAUGUUCUGCAGGGUAUGAGAAGGGAGCUUGGUGAGGAGCAACAUGGUGCUACGCCUGUUACCCCAGAAUUGUUAUUGGCCCUACAUAGUACAUUGUCUUGGGACAAUAUGUUUCACUGCUCAGUUUGGGCAGGAUGUAUGAUUGCCUUUUACGGUUUAUUGCGUUCGGCUAAUUUCCUGUGCAGAUCCCUUUCAGAGGCAGGCAAAGGGAAGCUGUUGUGUGUAGGGGAUGUGUCGUGUCACCCGCAAGGAGCGGUUAUAACGUUACACUGGACAAAGACUAUUCAGUUCCGUCAGAAGAAAGUGUAUGUUACGCUUCCGUCACUGGAGAAGUCUGUUCUGUGCCCAGUCACAGCUCUGACCAAACUGUUUUAUUUUCAUUUACAGCUGAAAUCGCAACAGAAGAGUGCUUUGCUGAGAGAUGAAUAUGACAGACCUUUGUUAUAUUCUGUGUUUCUUGACUUUGUGAACUCUUGUUUACAUAGAGCUGGCCAUGCCUCUGUCAAGUUAACUGGACAUUCUUUUCGCAGGGGCGGGGCCCAGUGGGCAGCCCAUAUGGGCCUUUCUCAUGCCAACAUUCAGGAGUUGGGUUUUUUGGCGCAGUAAUGCCUAUUUGCGUUAUCUGGACCCCACAGUUUCACAGAGAUUCCAGUCUCUCCAUCUUUUCUCAUCGGGCCUUCCCUAAUGGGGUUGGGGGGGGUCUCUCCUGUCACUGUGUAGUUUAUUAACCUGGACAGAUUCUUACUUAUGUAUGUUUGGGGGUUAAUAAACUUGACCCAGCUCGAA